CUGGCCGGCCCGAGAGCGCUGGCUCGGCUGCUAUUGCCAUUCUCGCCGUUUCUUCCGCGGCCUCCGCUGCUGGCUUCCUUUCGUGCACUCUGUUCUUUAGGGAUUACUUCUCGUGUGUGCACCAGUGCAUAAAAGUAACAGUGACUGACUGUCUGCCGGGAUAAAACUACUAGUUGAGUUUGCUGCGCCGAACACACCACGCUCAUCUCAGCGUCCUGUCUGUCCACGAGACCCACUCGAACAGACAGCAGCGAUGGCCUCACUUCUGCAUCACUCGCCGCCCUUCACUGUCCUUAUGGAACCCCCGGCGCCGGCACACCCACCAGUCUCGCGGCUCACCCAAAUGCAGGCUAGAUUCCAACACAGGCAGCUGCUCGAAAAGGAACAGAAACUGCUUCAGAUGCUUGAAGAUCAACAGCAAAGAACAAUCCAAAGAGUUAGUGGCCGUGGAAGUGCUGGUUCAAACACUUCUUCAGGCUCAGGGUCUUCCACUAAUUCCACAGAAAAAAUAAAUAAAAAAAAUGCAGGCAAAGUUCGUCAACUUUUUGAGGAGCGGCGCUCCAUGCACUCGCUGUCGUCUUCGAUGUCCUCGAUGAGCAGCACACGGUCCCACUUGAGCGAGUCUAAGUCGAUGCCCAUCGGCUGGGACCGUAGCUACCCCUUGGACCCACUCAAACCCAAAACUGGGCCCGCCAGAGCUCCUCUGAAGGCCCCGGCGCAGCGCACAUCGAGCCAACAGGCACCCGUUUCCAUGCGUCCAGCUGUCAAGACCAACAACCGCGGACCCUUGCAAGAUUCGAGCAACGGCGGCACGGCCUUUGGAAGAUUGUCAAAUGUAGGCGCCCGUAAUGGACUGGCCCCAGACACGGAGAAUAGUCAGCAGCAAGUGGUCUCCAAGAAACCUGUGGUCAAGGCACUGGGCGAACCGAAAAUAAAAGUAGCGCCUGCUAAAAGAGUUGAGGCACCGAGACCUCGUCCGCAGCCCACUGCUGCUGCCUCACCAGUGACCUCGCCAACUAAGUCUGUCAGCCCUCCUUACUCUGCAGAUCUCAAGCAGGCUAGCAAAACCAAGUCGCCGCCUUCUUCUUCGGGAGCCGCUGCCCCGGUCAAGCACUCAGAACCAUGCCCUCCUGGCAUGGCCGAGUGCAAUUUGUGCGGCCGCCGCUUUGCAGAUGACAGGAUUGGCAAGCACGAGGAGAUCUGCCGCAAGACCAAGCAGAAGAAACGCAAGACCUUUGACCCAGUCAAGAUGAGGACUCAGGGAACUGAAGCUGAGACCUUUGUGAAAAGUGCCGGGAAGAGUCGAGGCCCAGCCGUGGCUGCCAAAAAGCAACAACCAAAGAGUGAGGCGAGUAAGGGCAACUGGCGCAAAAAGCACGAGGACUUCAUCGAGACGAUCCGGCAGGCGCGGAUGGUGAAGCAGAUCAUGGACGCUGGUGGAAAACUGUCCGACCUGCCGCCACCCAAGCCGAUGGACACUUCUGACUACGUCCAGUGUCCGCACUGCUCGCGCCGCUUCAGCGAAGGGGCCGCCGAGCGCCACAUCCCCCGCUGCGCCAACAUCAAGUCCAACAAGCCAGCGCCGAGGGCUCGCAAGUGAGCCGGCUGUGUCUCUUCAUACAUCGAAGCCCUCCUCCAGUUGCCACGUCUCUCUCUAACAAUAAGAAUUUAUAUAUUUUUAUAUCAAAACACUACCCUGAAAUGAGUUUCCCUCUGCUCACCAUCAGGGGUAAAGAUUAGAAUCAAGAACUAAUUUUAAAAUACAUAAUAAUGUAGGAUACUUAACUGCAAAACAAUGCUAUUAAACUACUAAUUGAUCAGCUUACUUAUUCAUGUUUGUAUUAUCUAUCUAUAACAAAUAUCAAAUCUUAUGUUUUAAAAUGACAGGACAUUAAUUCUAAGUAGUAGAGUGAAAGAAAUUUAAAUAAUGUGAUUCAGGUUUAAAAUUUUUAUGAAAACAUACAGCUUCAUAAUGACGUUUUGAAUUACCUUUCAUUUAAAAUCUACGUAUGAAGAAAAGUCUUAAUUUAUUGCUUCUCUUUGGCCACAUUUUAGCAAUUAAAGGCUGAUAUGGUGUCAGUAAUAAAAAAUCGCUAAUAUAUUUUUUUCAUUAUACCUUAUCUAUACACAUAAUUUUUUUCCAGCAAAAAUAUGAAAUAAAUUUUAGAAUAGAAUCUGAAAAUUUUUCCAUCAAAUUAUAGUUGCAAUAUUUUGUUAUUACGCUUUUUCUUUGAAAUGAGUUUUAAUUUAAUAAGCUAGGUGCUUUGUCAUAUUUACUAUUCAAUAAUAUUAUACCUAAAGCAAAAUAUAAUUUAACUCGACAUAAUAUAAUAAACAAGAAAUAAAAGCAUAAAAGCUGAUACAAUUGAGUUCCUAAUAAUAAAAAAAUGAUUGAAAAUUGUGAAAAUUUGAUCUUUUAAGAGUGCUUUCAUGACUUCAUUGUACUUACUUACAAAUCGUAACAUUACAAU